ACCUGCUGCGGCAACGUGUAUAACCCUCCGUCCCAAACAUUUCGAGAAAUAUUUACCAUCUCAGCCCGGUAUUAGAUAUCGAUUACCAGGAGAUAAACAGAGAUAGUAGAGAGCAACGGAGCAUUGGAAUCGUGUGCUAGUGUGGUGGGAAGGCUUGAACUCGAGCGUUUUAGUGCUGAAACGUGCUCAAGUGAAGUUGAAGAUUAAAGAGAGCUGAUCAAAGCCGUCUGUUCAGUGUUUAUUUUUGAGUAGCACUGUUGACAGUCCGUUAGUGUCAGUUGACAGGCGGUUUUAUUCUGUAUUUCAUUCUUCAACUUGGUCUAAUCGCUGUUACAUUAGUUGUGCUCAGCUCGACUACAUUAGCUUAUUUGGGAUCAACUAACUGACAACAUGCCACGGAGCAAAAAAGGAAAACGUGGAGGCACUUCGAACAAGGGGAAGAAUGCAGGCAAAGUAGGAUCUGGAGCCAGUGAUGAUGAGAUGGCAUCUGAAGUGCUCAGUCACUACAGCAGUGCCAGUGAGAGUGCCUCAGUAUUGGAGGAGGGAUCAGGUGAGGUAGUGGAUGAACAGACCGCUCAGGAGGAAACCGAGGACAAACUUAAGCAAUGUAUUGACAACCUCAUGGACAAAAGUGUUAAGACGCGCAUGGCAGGGUUGGAGAGCUUGCGCUUGGCCUUCUCUGCCAAAGUGCUGUACGAGUUUCUUGUAGAGAGACGCCUUACUGUCAGUGACUGCCUAGAACGAAGUCUGAAGAAAGGUGGAGGAGAGGAACAGGCUGCAGCAGCUACAUUGUGUUCUCUGCUCUGUAUACAGCUGGGAGGUGGAGUUGAGGGGGAAGAGGGCUUUAAGAUGUUCCGCCCGGUCCUUAGUUCCAUCAUGACUGACAGUUGUGCCAGCCUGUUAGCACGUCAAAGUUGUGCCCGGGCAUUGGGCUUGUGCUGUUACAUAGUUGCAUCAGAUGAUGCUGAAGAUCUGCUGAAGUGUAUGGGGCAUUUGGAGAGUGUGUUUGUGGCUGCAUAUCCACUGGGUGAUGGUAGUUUACCCUCUGUUAAAGCCGGAACUCCUGCACUCCACAGCGCCGCCCUACAGUCCUGGGCUCUGCUCUGCACGCUGUGCCCUGCUUCCCGCAUUGACAACAUAGUUAGCUAUCACUUGCCACAGUUACAGGCCUGUUUAGAGAGCAGUGAUGUAAACUUCAGGAUUGCUGUUGGAGAAACCAUUGCUCUGCUCUAUGAACUGGCACGGGACAUCGAUGAGGAGUUUGAGUAUGAUGAUUGUGAUGCACUGUGUGAGAGCCUAAAAUCUUUGGCAACGGACGGCAAUAAACAUCGAGCCAAAAACGACCGUCGCAAACAGCGCUCCAUCUUCCGUGAGGUUCUGCAUUACAUUGAGAAUGAAGAUUUUUCAGAGGAGAAGAUCCGCUUUGGGGUUGAAGUUAUCUACAUUGAAGGCUGGAUGCAUCACAGAAUUUAUGAUGCAUUCAAAGAGGUACUAGAGUCUGGAAUUAGCCACCACCUGCAGGUUAACCCACUACUGAGAGGUAUUUUUGGACUCGGCGCUCCUCUUAUUGUGGACUCGACUGUCAAAGCCAACAGGAUCUCCCGUACAGAAAGGCAUCUUUUCAACUCUGCUGCAUUCAAAGCCCGGACGAAACUGCGGAAUAAAGUGAGGGAUAAACGAGCUGAUGUGAUGUGAGGACGUUUUGACUGCUGGUGCUGGUGGAGAUAGAACGCAGAGAGGAACACUAUACACCUUUUAUCACUUGAAACAAAACAGCAACUGCCAAAUCUGGACUUGGUCAUGUAAUGUGUGUUAGUGUGUUUGCGUACAUGUUUGUGUGUGUGUGGGUGUACUCAUCAGGUGAAUGUCUGUAUGGUGUGCCUCAGUUUUAUUGAACAUUACAGAACUGAAGUAAUUGGAUGCCUAACCUAGAGUAAGCAGCAAGUAGCAUUUUCCCUUCUGGUUUUAAAGACAAGAAUUAGUAUGUUCUUUAUAUAGACAUGUGCUUAUUUAGGGCAGUCUGUAAGGUGCCCUGAGUAGAAAAUGGAAAAUGCUAUAUUAUUGCUGCUCUAAGCAUCUUUAUGGACCUUAAUGACCUCUGCUGCGGCUGCAUACAGCCUUUCUGUUAAAAUGUAUUUUCCUUCUUAAUUUAUUGAACAUUUUGGGAAAACAACACUUUUAACAUUUGAAACAAAUGAGCUACAGAGUGGAAAACAACUUAGGAAUUUAAACCCUAUCUAGAUUUUUUCUGUGUGUGUUUUAUACAAACUGGUUUUGCAUCUCUGAUUUUAAUAUGAAACUGGAGAUGCAUACAUGCUAAGCAUUAUAGAAAGGUCACUUUACUACAGACUAUAACCUUCUCUCAUCCAAAUGCUAGCUUUAAUGUACAGACAGGUGUAAAGGAAAAACAUAGUGUCUAUACAGAUAUAAUUGCCAUAUAGAUCUAAUUGAUGUCCCUUAUUCAAGACUAUGAUUAAAAAGGUUGUGAGUCUUGCUUGGCUGCAGCUCUUUGGGGCUAAGUGUGGCAAUCACUUUAUUAAGGGACAAGUGACAGCUAAAAAGAGCCACCUGAAAACCUACUGUAGCAGCCAAGCAUUCUGGCCUGUGCUGUUCUCUUGGUGUAUGCCACACCUGUCUACUUCUCAAAUUCUUUCAUGGCUAAAAUGAAAACAUACUACCAUUUCAGCUCUUGCACAUAAGAGUAAAGACACCUGUUUCAAGUGGUUAAAUGGCCCAACACCUUGCCGUUGCUUGUAAGCGUCAACUCUUUGUCACCUGCCUGUAGUGUAUUUCAAAAUCUAAUCUGAGCAAAAGCUGUUUUUUCUAGGAACUAGCUGCAAAUACAGUGUUAACGCAGCAUGCACAGAGACAUUUGAGUACAGUUCAGUUUAGAGGAAAAUUCUUAUCUGUUUGCAGACUGGAUAGGAUGAAGCCAUUUUCAUGUACAGCCUCUACACAGUUUUCACCUGUUAUGAAAUUUUCUAUUUGAAACAGUAUUGAAAAAAAAUUAUUUUAAGCAUUUUUUUAAAGUGAAGAUUUUCUAUUUCCCAUAAACAGAUGAACUUAAAUAUUAACUCGAGUCUGAAAUGUUAAUUAUAUAAGAUUCAAAUGUUUUUAAACCAGAAGGUUUAAUUCAGUGAAUCAUGGAUUUCAA